AUGGAACCUCUUAAAAAGACCCGAAACCUUAACGUUUCUCCCAUAACAAUCUCAACCAAAAAGGGUGAAAACCCAUCAAGUCUUUCUCCUUACAAAAUUUCAAACACAACUUCACCUGACAAACCGUAAGACUUACUCAGGACUACAAAUUUGCCGAAAAUCCCUCUUCAAGAUAUAGACGAGAUGGCGAAAGCUCGUGUAAUACAAAGUAACCUGGUCUACAUAAUCAAUCUCCCAGCUCCUACAGCUGACGAAGAAUUGCUGAGAAGUCAAGAAUACUUUGGACAGUAUGGAAGAAUCAAAAAAUGCGUAAUUAACAAAGGCACUGCUUACACAAACACCCCAAACGGCCCAAGCUAUGGGGUUCAUGUCACAUUCUCUACAGAUGAAGAAGCUGCAAUAUGUAUUAAAGCCUGCAAUGGUUUUGAAUUAGACGGGAAAAAAUUAACUGCAACUUAUGGAACUAUACCAUUUAUAUAAGAAAUUUUAAUAAAAAAAUAUUAAUUUUCUUAUAGGAAAUAUGAGGUAAAAAUAUAUACAAAAUACUGCACUUAUUUUUUAAGAGGUCGAGCUUGUGCAAAACCUGACUGUUUAUACCUGCACAAGCUAGCUCCAGAUUAUGACACAUUAGCAAGAGACACGAUGCCACAAAACAGACACAUACAGCCUAAACAUGCCAAAUUGGACUGUCUUGGUAUAAGGAUUCUGCCUCCUGAUGGAUGCUACAAAUUGCCGAUUGCCAGAGUUAUCAGAGAAAGAGCAGCAAGUGAGUCCUUUACUUUGACGCCAGUGAAAUUAGCAAGGCCAAGAAUUUAUUCAAGAGAUGUGGAACAAGAUAGCAGCCGCUUUGAUUUUGUGGAAGAAAGCGAAGAAGACGUGCCCAUUAUGCCUGACGUAAUUAAUGCCUUAAGAGCGUUGGCUUCUCCUUGCCAAGACGAAGUAGAGGUCCCAACUGAGCAUAUUGAAGAACUGAUGAGUCCUUCCAGUCCUGACAAAUGGGCUUGUGACAUUAUUGAGGUGUCUCCUCUGCCGAGAGAAUUAAAUGGAUUUGACGUUGACAAAGUUUUAGUAUGUACGAAAAAACCAAGGCUGAAUAGCUUUUCAUAUAAUUAAAUAGCGAAAUAAAGCUUUUAUUUAUAAAAGUAUUAAGUAAAAUUUAAUAAUAAAAAAGAUUAUGGUAUUAAGAUGAUAUGCGAAGAUUUUUAUAUUAGGAAUAA